UUCAUACAUACAUGAAAGAAGCAGACAUGUCGGAUGAUAUCAGGAAAAGGUUUGAAUUUCCAAAUUCUCUUAUCCAAUCACAGGCUGUGGGUCGUCUUAUUGCUGCAGUCCUAAAGGAAAAUGGUCUUUCAGAAAAGAUCCACCAAUCCACAAACCAGACUCCUGCUUUGAACUUGCUGUGGGAGAAGUGUUGCAGUGAUAAUGUGGUGGUUCGAACAGCCUGCUGUGAGGGUCUGGUGGCACUUGUUGCUCAGGAUCAUGCUGAAUUCACCUAUGUUCUCAAUGGGAUACUCAACCUGAUUCCAUCAACCAGGAAUACACACGGCUUGAUAAAAACCAUUAUGAAAUUAUUACAAAUGCAAGCUCUUAAGGAAGGACAAGGUGGGGAGAAGAAUAUUCAGAAUAUAUAUACUAUUAGGUUUUCAGCUUCUUGGAAUCAAUAUUGUGUAUCAGUCCCUACAAUAUUUCCACUUGGCUCUGACAUAAUUCUCUGGAAAAGAAGUCGUCCUCAGCCUUUGAUCACUGUGCUUGAACACAGACCUGAUUGCUGGCCAGUACUUUUGCAGCAGCUGACCGUAUUUUUCCAGCAAUGCCCUGAAAGGUCAGAAGUUUCAUGUAUCCAAAUAAUGGCACCAUUUCUGUGGUAUCUAUAUUGUGAACCAUCCCAGUUACAAGAAUAUGCUCAUCUCCGACUAGCCCUGCUUAAAGUGUUACUUCAACCCCGGGCUCUUUGUGACAAAGAGCAGCCAUCCAUAUUGGAACAGCAGAUAAUUCAAGUGUGUUGUGAAAUGGUUCCAUGUUUGCAGAUGAAAGAUUUGGUACAGACAACAGAAGUGAUGCUGUUUAUUGAAGAAGUAUAUUUAAGCCUUUUGCGUCAUCCUGUUUUCUGGAAAACUCAGCUUACCCAGCUGACCCUUCAGUUGCUGUGUGUCUGUGAGGUCAGCUUAAGGAUAACUGGGGAAUGCUCAUCUUUAAUUCACCUUUUAGAGCAAGGUGUUGAACUUCUAAAGGAGGAUUUUCCUGUUGAACUGGUCAUAAUUGGAAUUGCUUUACUACUCCUACAGACUCCAGCAAGUCAGCAGAAGCCAGUCUUAAGUCUAGCUUUGCAGCUCCUCUCUGUUCCUGAGGGUCAGAAAAUCCCAAAGUCUUCCUUGCUCUUAGUGAUGCCAGUUCUGCAGAUCCUGUCUUCUUCUGCCUUGGAAGAGUGCAUAUCCAUGGAUGAAGAAAGUCCUUCUAGGCAGCAGUUGGCUUUAAACCUGUUGGAAGUGGUACAGCAGGAGUCCUACAGAGAAGACCACCAAAAGGUCUCCUACAAGCUUGCAUUCCCCAUAACCAGCAUGUAUGGUUCAGUAUUUGCAGCCUGGAGGGUCCUUGAAGUAAUGAGAGAAGAGUCUGCAGCAAGAGACUGGGUGGCUUCAGUAGAGUCAUUGCUCCCUAUUACCACAGUGAUCCCUGGGCACGUUCUUCUUCUGCUCACUCAUCUCCUUGUUGAAGAUAAAGGACAAAAUCUCCGCCAAAUACUGAAGGUCACUACAGAACUAGCCCAAGCAGAUUCCUCUCAGGGACCAAAUCUGAUUCCAGUUUUGAUGUUCAAGUUGGGAAAACCAUUGGAGCCUGUAUUAUAUAAUGAUAUCUUGUAUACUUUACCUACACUUGGUGUUCACAAGAUGUGCAUAGGACAGAUUCUACGAGCAAUCCAACUUCUUGGAACCACUCCACAACUAAGAGCUGUCACUCUGCGCUUGCUGACUUCUUUGUGGGAAAAGCAGGAUCGUGUCUACCCUGAACUACAGCGCCUCAUGGCCAUGUCCGAUGUGCCCUCUCUGUCUGUGGGCAAGGAAGUUCAGUGGGAGAAACUGAUUGCGAAAGCAGCCUCAAUCAGAGACAUAUGUAAGCAAAGGCCAUAUCAACAUGGUGCGGAUAUGUUGGCAGCUAUUUCCCAAGUGCUGAAUGAAUGCAUCAAGCCUGAUCAAGCUACUCCAGCAGCCUUGGUGUUACAAGGUCUUCAUGCACUUUGCCAAGCUGAGGUUGUUUGCAUUCGCUCUACUUGGAAUGCUCUCUCCCCAAAGUUGAGUUGUGACACAAGACCUCUCAUUGUGAAGACCCUCAGUGAACUGUUUUCUCUGGUUCCUUCCUUAACAGUCAAUACAGCUGAAUAUGAGAAUUUUAAAGUCCAAGUCCUCAGUUUCCUCUGGACCCACGCUCAAAACAAGGACCCAGUUGUAGCAAAUGCUGCGUAUAAAUCUCUGUCACACUUUGGUUCCGGAGAGCACACCAUUCUUCAUCUGCCUGAGCAGAUAAGACCAGAAAUCCAGAUUCCCGAUGAACUCGAUGAAGAGGCAGAUGAUGAGGGUGACGAGAAGGACGUGGAUCUUUCCAUUCCUGGCUCCUGCUAUCUCGGAUUGUUGUCACUCACUGCUCCUUCGGUUUUACCAGCUUUAGGGGAAUUUUUUACAUCACUUGUGAAGCAAGAAAUGGUGAAUAUGCCUCGUGGGGUGUAUCACUCUGCAUUAAAAGGAGGUACCCGCUCAGACCAAGGGAAGACUGUAGCAGGAAUCCCCAAUUUUAUAUUGAAAAUGUAUGAAACAAACAAGCAACCAGGUUUGAAACCUGGCCUUGCAGGUGGUAUGUUAUUUUGUUACGAUGUUUCGAUGUACCAGAGUAAAGACGGCAAACCACUGAAUCGACUGAUGGCCAGUAGAGGGCGAAGUUUCAAGCAGAUCUCUCUUGCCUUAGUGCAUGAGGUUCACAUCCAGCUUUCAGAGUGGCAUCGUGCGAUUUUUCUCCCACAGGCCUGGCUGGCAUAUAUGAGUCGAGCUUACCAUGCCAUUUUACAGGGAAGAAUAGGCGAGCUGGAGUUGCAGUUAAAGCAUGGAAAAGAAGAGCCUGGGGAGGUGCAGUACAAGAAAAGCACAGCCUGGCUCUGGGUCCGAGACAUGCUAACUGAUGAGAUCACUAAGGCAGCUGCCAAAGACAGCCCAGUGGUCAAAGGCAAUGCACUGUUAGCCUUAAGCAGCCUUGCUGUUGUCGUAUCCAGACAUGAAGCCGGCCUCUCCUCGGACUCAGAGGGGGUCCUGGAGGUUCAACCUAAUUUCCUUUCAACGAAAGAGUGGGUUUUCAUGGUGUUUGAUACCCUCCUGGUCAUUGUGGAUAGCCAUUACCAACCCAGAGGACGACUUUUCUCCUCAUUUUAUUAUAAAUCCUAUUCUGGUGAAAACACAGCUAGUGCCAUUGCCCGUUCUGCUGCCGCCACCGCUUUGUCUCUCCUGGUGCCCGUUUCCAUCAUCUCUUGCAAAGAGAAGGUUGAGGAAAUCCUGAAUAUGCUGACUGCCAGGUUACCUGGGAAACCAAGAGCUGAUGAGUCUCAAGCCGUGCAGAUCCACAUGGGCCUUGCUUUGGGGAUGUUUCUCUCUCGUUUGUGUGAGGAGAAACUCAGUGAUGUAUCUGGCCAACAGAUGAACCUUCUUCUGAUGAAGUCUUUGGAUGCCCUGGAAAAUUGCUGCUUUGACACUAGUCUUGAAUACAACACGGGCUGUAUACUAGGAGUUGGACUUGUUCUGUCCCUCAUGAGCCACAGCAGCCAAAUGGAGUCACGAGUGCAUGUGGCGGCAUCACUUCGGAAGCUCUCUCUGUACCUUGAUGACAGUGGGAGCCAGAGCCGGACAUUUCAGGAGGUCCUUGCCUAUACCCUGAGCUGUGUAUGUACAUCAGCAUUCAGUGCUGGCAUUAUUGAGGCUGCAGAGGCUGAAGACAUUAUGAACAAGCUUCGCCUGUUAGUUGAGAACCACCAGCAGACAUCGGGUUUUUCCCUGGCAUUAGGAAACAUAGUUCACGGUUUGUCUGUGUGUGGACAUGGAAAAGCUGAAGACUUGGGCAACAGACUGCUUCCUGCUUGGAUCAGAAUUGUCCUAGCACAGGGUACUCCCACGAUGGUUUGUCUGGCAGCUCUGCAUGGCAUGGUGGCCUUGGUAGGCUCUGAAGGGGAUGUAUUGCAGCUGAAGUCAGAAGCCUUCCAGACCUCUCAGUUUCAAGGCAGACUGAAUGAAGUCAUAAGAACUUUAACUCAGGUCAUCGGUGUGUCAGGGGUGAUUGGUCUCCAGUCAAAUGCUCUCUGGCUUCUAGGGCACCUUCAUCUGUCUACACUAUCCUCAAAUCAAAGCAGAACCUCUGUUCCUACUGACUAUAGCUAUUUGCCUGAAAGCAGUUUUAUUAGAGCAGCCAUUGACUUCUUCAUUACAGGAGGAAAAAAAGGUCCUGAAUCUGUGCCUCCUUCGCUUCUCAAAGUCGUGACGAAGCCCAUAGCAGCUGUUGGAGAAAGCUACCAGUACCCCCCUGUGAACUGGGCUGCGCUCCUCUCUCCACUUAUGAGGCUCAACUUCGGUGAAGAAAUACAGCAACUGUGCCUUGAAAUUAUGGUGACGCAGGCACAGUCAUCCCAGAAUGCCACUGCACUGUUAGGAUUGUGGGUGACCCCGCCACUGAUCCACGGUCUGAGUCUAAAUAGCAAGAAAUACCUCCUGGUAUCUGCGCCUCUGUGGAUAAAACAUGUCUCUGAUGAACAGCUCCUGGGCUUUGUUGAAAACUUAAUGGUGGGAGUUUUUAAAGUAGCUUCUCCACUUUCCAAUUCUGAGUUAUGCCUGAGUGCCUUACAGGGUCUGAGCCAGUCCAUGAAACUGCCCAGCCCUGCCCACCACCUCUGGAGUUUGCUUUCUGACGCUACUGGAAAAAUUUUUGACCUUCUGCCAAAUAAGAUUCGGAGAAAUGAUCUUGAGUUAUAUGUCAGUGUCGCAAAAUGCCUCUCGGAAAUGACAGAUGAUGAAGCCAACCGGGUUGCCCAGAUUACCAAGAGCAGCAUAGAAAAAGCUGCCUUUGUCAGGCUGUACUUGGUCUCUCAAGGACGACUUCCCUUGACGGGCCUGACUGACAUAGUCGGUGUUGCUGUUCAGCACCGUGAAAGGGACCCACUGGCCUGGAUGAUCCUGCACAGCUUAUACCAGGCGCGGAUUGUGAGCCACACCAACACAGGUGUGUUGAAGAGAAUGGAAUGGCUCUUGGAACUGAUGGGUUACAUCAGAAAUAUUGCUUACCAGUCAACAUCUGUUCAGAACAUAGCCCUUGAUGAGGCUUUGGACUUCUUGUUGCUGACAUUCGCGGCCGCCGUGGUUGCCUGGGCAGACCAUGCUGCCCCUCUCCUCCUUGGCCUGAGUGCCAGCUGGUUGCCAUGGCAUCAGGAAAAUGGCCCAGCUGGGCCAACAUCAAGUUUCCUUGGCAGGAGUCCAGUGCACAGGGUCACUCUGCAGGAGGCUCUCACGCUCCUUCCCAGUAGCAUGCCUCUUCUGCUGCAGAAAGAGCCAUGGAAGGAACAGGCCCAGAGGUUCAUUGACUGGCUCUUCAGCAUCAUGGAAAGCCCUAAAGGAGGCCUCUCAGCAAAAUCCAGGGAUCUUUUGAAAGCCACCCUGCUGUCCUUGAGAGCUCUCCCGGAGUUCAAGAAGAAAGCCGUAUGGACCAGAGCGUAUGGUUGGUGAGGUUUUGUAGCAGCCAGCAGCAUUCUCUGCUGGACGAGGAAAACCAUAGAAAUGGAAGCAACUUUUCAGAAUUUGUGUCUGGGUUCACUGGGACAUGUUGCAGAGUUCCAGGUCUGGGAAGGUGGCCACAGAACUGACAGCUGGACACAUGCAUACCAGGAAAGGGGGCGAUGCUUCAGUACCCAAGCCAGUUGAGACUGAAAUAAGAACUUGUAUUUUCUUUUAUUUAGCUAAAGUUCAGUCUGAAGGUUUUCUUUGUGAACAUUUGAUUCUAUCUCAUCUCUUCACCCUAAAUUCUAGUAAAAUACUCUUAUGAAUUUUG